AUGACGAGAGAAACACAGGAGACGACAUUCACUGAUAAUGUUUAUGAGUUUGGAGACUAUAACACUGGGGAUAAAACACCUGCCACUCCCCUGCCUUCAGUUACCUCUGUCAUCUCCACCAAGCUGAGCAACGAGAUUAAAAGUUCAGACCAAGCCAAUCAGUACCUUUCUGUUGCCAUGAAAGCCUAUGAACACUUCAAUAGCGUGACAGAUCAGCUGAAGGCAGAAAACCAGCAGGUGAAGGCAGAAAACCAGCAGGUGAAGGCAGAAAACCAGCAACUGAAGGCAGAAAACCAGCAACUGAAGGCAGAAAACCAACAGGUGAAGGCAGAAAACCAGCAGGUGAAGGAAGAAAACCAGAAGGUGAAGGAAGAAAAUCAGCAGGUGAAGGCAGAAAACCGGAAGGUGAAGGCAGAAAACCAGCAGGUGAAGGCAGAAAACCAGAAGGUGAAGGCAGAAAACCAGCAGGUGAAGGCAGAAAACCAGCAGCUCAGGGCAGGACAUGAAACUACUCCAACACCAACCUGGAUGGCAUUACCAGAAACAACCUCACCUGGGUGGAAUCAGAGGAGUUCAUAUUUUUACAAGAGAAAAAAGAGACAGACUGAACCUUGUCAGUCAGGUUGGUUUCACUUCCAGGACAGCUGCUAUGUGAUCUGGAGCAACACCGGCAGCAGCUGGGAAGAAGCUCGAGACGAUUGCAGAGGCAAGACGGCAGAUUUGGUUGUUAUAGAAAGUCCAGAGGAGCAGGAGUUCAUCAGUAACAUCACUCGGACCAGUUUGGGGAUCAGCAGCUACUGGAUCGGCCUCAGAGCCGAAGCUGGCGGCUGGCAGUUUGUUAAUGGAAGUGAUCUGACGAAAGACGUCUGGAUGAAACAACCUGCUGACGGCCAUCGUUGUGCGAUUUUUACCCAAGAGAGCGAUGGAUGGAAAGCUGUGAGCUGCGAUGUCAAAAAUGGAUGGAUCUGUGAGAAGAAAGCUGAUUAA